AUGGAGCAGCAGCUUCAAAACCAGUCACUUCAUGCAAGGGAGCCGAGCGGGUGCCACCAACGAGAGGCGGUGGAAAAGGCACCCAAGGCACCGGCUGCCCGCUCGCAGGGAGCGGGGGAGCGGGCAGUAACAAACAGCCGAGGGGGGGGCAGAAGAGGGAAGCGUGGCCUCGCCCGCAGCUGCUGUGAAAGCAGCCGGGCGGCGGGAGGCGGCGGGCGAGGCCGCGGCCGGCGGGGCCGGGUCUCUCCGCACCCCCGGGCGGCCGCCGCAGCCGCUGCGCACCGAGCUUGCGGCUCUUUAAAUAAUUCACGCGCACACCGGGAGGCGGAGGAGGGGGGUGCCCCUCCGAAACGGGGACCGAGGGAGGCUUGCAGCCAGCGCUCGGGAAAACGCUCGCGGGUCUCGGGGGUGAAGACGAGUAACUUUUCCGGCCCUCCAGCUCGCCCAAACCCACCCUGGCCAGGCAAACUUUCGGCUCCCACCGCGGGGGGGGGGGGGGUGCCGGAGGGGCCGCCGUCACCGGAAACGGCCCCCGCCGCCGCGGCCGCCCCCGCGCCGGGCUCACCCCGGCAUUGUUCCCCGCCCGCCGCCCGCCAGCGCGGCCCCGGCCCACCCCGCUCGGCCAUUUCCCCCGCCAGCCAGCACGGCUGCCGGCGGAAGAGCGCCGCACUCACCCCGCAGCGGGCCCGCGCACCUCCCCCCCACCGCGGCGGCGGCUCCUCCCGGGCGGGCUGCCCGGUGCCCGCCGGCCGGCCUCGCCUCCGGGAGAGGCUCCGGCGGCGGCCCCCCGCGCAGGCAGCGGGUAGGCGCGCCGGCCCGGCCCAGCGGCCACAGCAGGCGAGGGCUCCGGCGGCCAGUCCCGGCGCGGAGGUCGGGGGAGCGGCGGCAGCUCCCGAAGCCGAGAGUUGGAGGGAGUGGUGAAGGGAAGAGGUUGGCCUCAGAAGAUUACUGGAAUCCAAAAGUACUGAAGUACAAUUCAUUUGGGAAGCCAGGACCUUAAUGUUGUCUUGAUAAAAUACUCCCAAGAAGCCUGAACUUGGAAGACGCUCAUACAGAGGGAGGAGAAGUUUGUACUCUUAGGGGUUCCUGCUUCUCACUUCCUCCCCCAUCUGAGGAAUCAGAUGGUCAAGCAGCAGGACAAAGAAAUAUUUCAAAAGUUUUCAUGUUGAAUUUUGUCUAACUUGAUGCUGUGCCUACUUUCUUGUUUUGUUUUGUUGUUUUGUUAUUUUGUUUAAGCAGAAUACUCUCAUCUCAUACAAAAUACAAAUGGAUCCAUGUUUUUCUGAUACUCUCUAUUUAAAAUUACUCCAUUCCCUAAAAUACUUUCUUUAAUGUAAACGACACUGUAACUCUUGAUACAUCAGUUCUUUAACAUUAUUGCUAACUUUCUUAAUAGGACGGUAAGGACUCAUGUGACUCCUUACAGGUAUCUUCUAAAAUAUGUUACGUUCUGUAUGCCUUAUAACUCUUAAAUAUUUUACUGGCCGGGAACAUUGUCUACCAGCAGAAAUGUACAAAAAAGGUUACUUGAAAAAAUGUAUUUGAAAAAAAGGUGUCUGUGUGGUUUGUCUAGAGCAGAUUUAAACUCUUGAAAAGGUGAUCACUAGUCACAAUUAUUUAACAAAUAAUUAAUAAGCAGUUAAAUUUGCCAGGUCGACAGAAUAUAAAUUCAUUAAAUCCAUAAACAUUUCUUCACCUCUCCCAAGCCACUUUAUGUACUAGUUAUUUGUAAUUUUCUACUUAUGCUAUCUGUUUGAUGUUGCUCAUAUGGAUGCUUAAAGCAAGCUAAAAAAUGAAGCAAAAAUUCAGAUGAAUUCUUGGCUUUUUGAAACAAAUAGUUUUAUGUGUUUUCCAGAGUUAUUCCUUCAACUGUAAAUAGAUUUUGUUCAUUUCCUUUCUAUAAAGAAAAGGCAGAAACAAUUUACUGUCUUAUGACUGUCACUAUUCUCUACCAAAAUUCUCUUUCCCAGUAACAGAGAUCUACUACAAUUCCAGUAAUAAGCUGUACUUGGAUUUAUGAGUAAAACACAGCGUAAAUCAUGACAUGAAGACAUGUAAUUCUGUUUUCUGUGACUCAUCAGCUUCUUCCCAGUUCCACCUUCAUAUCAAAAAAAAAAUUCUAUUUUUUUUUUAAAUUGUGGGGUAAAUUGCAUGGUGUGGACCAUGCAAAAGAGGAGGAUAUUCAACCUUUCCUCCUAUUGCACAGCUCUUCUCUUCCUUACAAGUUUUCAUUCCUUCCUUCCCCUAUCUCUUCACUGAGAGCUGAAGUAUCAGUGAACAUUUUCAACAUUUUCCGAUCCUGCUAGAAUGUUUCUGAUAGAAAAUCUGUAAACCAGAAGAUAAAGAGUAACCUGUUGAAGGUUUUCUCAAAUUCUUAAAGAUUGAUAAAAAUCAGAUUUGCAGAAUGUUUCACCCAAUUAUUAUGAUUAAUCAUCUUUUUCUUUUCUCUUCUGGGGUUAAAUGAAAAACAGUAACAAUAAGCAUUAUUUAGUUGCUGGAAUCCAAAACAAAGCAAGAGAUGCAACACCAGGAGAUGCAUGCACCAGGAUGCACAAAUUCUGUUCGUUAUAUUGAAAAAAGAGCUAUGUUGAUACACAGAAAGCAUAAAAUCCCUGCGUGAAUUACUAUCUUAUUUUACAUCCCCAUAAUGCACCAUCACCAAAAUACAGAUUUGCCAUUGACUUCAGUGAGCAUGGAAUCAAAUUCUGUAUUUUGGGUGGGCUUUUUACGUUUUAAAAUUUUCAGCAAGACAGCAAUGAGACGUAACCUUCUCCUAAAGACAGGUUCUCAUUCUCCAGCUACUCUAAUUUUGCUAGAUCUCGAUGUUCUUCUUGAAUGCCUGAGGGACUUUAUCUUCCUGUUUGGCACGGUUCUAAAUUGGCUUAAAUCGUAUUUAUCCAACAGUUACCUGCAUUAUAUUUUCAAGGGUAAUUUGUGUUCUUCUCCUAGAGCAUUUAUUUCUCGGGCUCUGUAGGGUUCCAUUUUGGCUCCAUUCUUACUCAGCAAUCCAAAGCUGCCUGUGCGCAGGGCUGUUCAUUGGCAUGAUGCUGGGUUUCAUUUCUAUGCCGACAAGACACAGGUCUAUUUGUCAACCAAACCAGCAAUUUCAAACUAUGCUAUUACCAUAUUGACAAGCUGGUGACUGUAAAAGCCUCUAUAAGCAUCAAUUUUCUUCAGUUAAAAUCAGACAAAACUGAGCUGUUCAUGGCUGACUCUUGCCAUCAACCCAAACCCACUUGAACUUCUAACCCAUCUUUAAAAUUCAACCCAGGUUCACUGGUUAAAAACCUUAUGUCAUUUUUGAUUGCAAGCUCUUCUUUCAGUAUUGGAGUCAAAAGAAUAAGGCUUCCUAUUAUUAGUUGAAGUAAACGUGCUUUGCUUAUUGCUCAUUCAUGCUUUUAUGUUCCCUAGACUAGAUUAUUUUAAUACCCAGCUUGUUGAUCCACCGAUGAGACCAAUUAUCAAAUUUCAUCUUGUAUAGCAAGUUCUGUUUUCCAGGGCAAUGUACUGUACAGACUAAUGCAUGUUUCAUAACUGCUGUUCUCUCAUGGUGGCUACUGAUACACCACAAAAUCUAUUUAAGCUAUUACUGCUCUUGCCCUAUGAAGUUUUUCAUGAACUUUGACUUCUUACUAAGAGAUAUUUGUCAGGGGGCUGAUCCUACCCAGUUAAGUUAAUGGAAGCUUUAUCACUGACUUCAGAAAACAUGAGCUGUAAACCCACGUGGCCUCUACUCAUGUUCUUAAAGCUAUUGCAUGGACACUGGGUGAUGGCUUUCUGCUCGUAACUAUGUCUUUUUCAGAAAGAGUUGGUGUAUCCCAACUGGCAGAUUCAGAAGCGCUUUGCAGCUCCUGAAUCCAGGUGCUUGUGCACUAUGGCUAUAUCCUACAUAUUGAAGUGAAACCUAGGUAUACACACUAUUUCUUUGCAAACUGAUUUUCUUCUGAAGGAAACCCUCGUGUGACCUCCCUUCCGUCAGGUUGAUGAGAGGACUAGGACUGUCAGAGGCAGUCUGGGCUGCUGUGCCUGGCGAUGGUCUGAGUAUGUCACAAGCUGCACAAGAUUUGCAUUGUUUUCUGAGGAGUUCUGGCUUGUGAAGGUGUUUUGUCUGUCAGCUGCCAUGGAUUAAGGAGCUGUUUAAUUUUAUUUUGGUCCUUGUAGUCAUUUGUAAGAAUUUGCACUAAGCACUCUUUACUAUUAACUAAUAAAUAAAUAACCCCAAAGCCCACCCUGGCAAACAAACAACAGCAGCCUGUUUAUUCAGGCAACCUUAUUCAAACAAGUUCCUUACUUCUUGGGUGGUGCUACUGAAGUCAGCGAAAAUUCUCUGUAACAAAACAUACCAUAACCUAAGUCAGCAGCAGUUGAGUGGCAAAGUGGCUAGCCCACCUUACUGGCCUUCCUGAUGGCAUGCAUUUCUGCUGGACAGUUGAUUACUGAUUCUUGUGGUUGCUCAGGUUUGCACACUCAGGUAUGGUUGUACUGAUCUGAGGCAGGAUCUAGCUUUAGGACUAACACAUUUUAUUAUUUGUCCAAUAUGUUCUUAUGAGUAAAAAAAAAAAAAAAAAAAAGGAAUAUAUUAAGAGUUUUAUCCCCAGGAUUUGGCUUUUAAAUGACCAGAAAUUAAACCUACCAGAAUAAUGUUACUAGAACCUUUCCUGAGAA